CAGUGGUUCAUCUAUUAGACUUUAGUCUUGUACGCAGGGUUUCCCCCGCCGACCCUGUAAUUUCCACUGGAUGGCAUCAGGCAAAAUGGCGCUUAGGGCUGGUAUUAAUCUCCUCGCAGGCCUGCUUUUUCUUGCACUCCAGGCUCCCCUAGCAAACCAUCAGUCACUCAUUUAGCCUCCGUUGUCCAUUUGUCUUGCGCCUUCCCUAUUAGUCAUUGCUGGCAAUGCAUCUUCCUUUUCUCUACCUAUCGGUCGCAUUCGCCGCACAUGCCUCUGCCUGGACCCACCCCGGUCUGCUGGUCACAGAGUCGGACAUCUCGCGCAUCCAAACCAAACUCGCCGCUGAAAAGGAGCCCUGGGUAAGCGCCUGGGCCUACUUUGAGUCCUUGUCCUUUUCCAGCAGCUCUUACACGCCCAACGCCGUCGCAGACGUUGAUCGGCCCACGAACGGUGAGGUCCUCUGGCACGAUGCCGCGGCCGCAUUCAACCUUGCUCUUCGCUGGAAAGUGACGCAGGAGGAAGCAUAUGCAGAGGCCGCUGCUGCAAUCCUCAAAGCUUGGGGCCAGACCCUGAGUACAUUCUCGGGUGGGGAUGACAAGUACCUCUCGGCGGGCCUGCAGGGGUACGAGCUCGCCAAUGCAGCUGAGCUCCUGCGUGAUUAUGCACCAUUCCAUGAGGAUGGCUGGGAUAUCUUUGUGGACAUGGCCGUCAGCGUCAUCCUCCCGUUGAACUUUGCGUUUCUCAACCAUGAAGAGCCAUCCCAGCACAACGUUCUCCAUUUCUUCGCGAAUUGGGAACUCGCACAGAUCGCUUCCAUCCAGGCCAUCAGUGUCCUGACGGAGAAUGCCACAGCCUGGGACUUUGCCAUUGAUUACUUUAAGCACGGCGACGGGAAUGGCGCGAUAGGAAACGCCAUCAGCAACCUCGUCGAGGAACCCGACACGGGUGCACUGCUGGGCCAGGGCCAGGAGUCCGGUCGCGAUCAGGGCCACUCUGCGCUGGAUCAACAGCUUCUCGCGGCCAUUGCACAGCAGGCGUGGAAUCAGGGGGAAGACCUGUUUAGUUUGAAUGAUAGUUUGAUUCUUCGCGGGGCCGAGUAUUUCGCCCGGUACAACCUUGGCCAUGACGUCCCCUUUGAACCGUACACCAACGGAAUAGUCAGCUACACGGAGAUCAGCUCAGCAAGCCGCGGCGCAACCCGCCCAACGUGGGAACUGCUGUACGCUCACUACGUGCAGAUCAAAGGACUCGACGCGCCAUGGACGACAGCAUAUCGGAACAACACUUUGGAGUAUUUUGGUGGACUAUUCGAGAAGGGGAUUGGGUAUGGUGAGGGCUCCGGUCACUAUGAUGGUGUUGGGUGGGGGACGCUGCUCUACCGGUUGGAAGACGACGACCUUGAAGCUCUACGACAAGGCGCCGCACCGGCGACCACGGCGUCCCAGGAAAUUGCUUCCAGCAGUUCUGCCUCACCUCCAAGUUCGACAGGUACAGCAUUACAGUCUACCGCCACUGCGUCAACAGCAAUUUCAUCAUCCGCAACCGUGAGCUCCUCGCUGGGGUCUACGACUGCCGUAACUGCUGGUAAUGCGGGAACCAGCACCACCGGAGUCACCGUCAAACCAACCCUGGGACACGCGCAUGGGCACCAUGAUCACCACUCCCAUGGCCAUUGCAAAGCCUCAUGGUGAUGGUCAUCACGAGUUUCUUUUCAGCAGUUGACCCUGAUUAGCCUAUAUUAAGAUCUUUAGAAAGCCUCUCUCCGACCUUAAUCGUAACCCAGCAACUACAGACUAUUUAGACUUUUGAGCUUUUAUAUGUAUAUCAGAGAUCCAGUGCCGGCCGAUUCCAGACUUUGGAUCAUACCACUUAACUGAUGGCUGGCGCUCCCUCCUUUGUAGC